AUGAACGUGCCGGUGGAUCCCUGUGGCAGGCCGGAUGUGUUUGAUCUCGACUUGACCACAACAUCCUGGAAAAGGCUGCGAAAGUGGCUGGCGCUGAAGUGUGAUUCCGAAGAUGAUGGAAAGGAUGUGGACAUCUCUUUCUUGCUGCAGCAUUUCGGUUCGCUACCCCGCACCAUGCUCACCUUGUACAAAGCCAUCUCCGGUGGAAUUGAUUGGGACAACGCUGUUCUGGUGCUCUCCUCCGUGGGCGGGUGGAUGGAAUACAUCUUCUCAGCCUAUGUCUUCUUCACCGUCUUUUGCUGCCUCAACAUCGUCACGGGCAUUUUUGUGGACAACGCAAAAGCCUUGAAAGUGGCAGACGAAGAGGCCAUGCACCAUGAGGCGAUGAAGGAGCGGCAGAAGUGGAUCACCGAAGUGGCAGAGUUGUUUUCGAAGAUUUCGGUGGAGAAGGACGCCAAGCUCACGAAGGACGACUUUGUUUACCAUGUGACGAACUCCGACCGGAUCAACACCUGCUUCUAUCACUUGGGAAUCAACACCGAAACGACGAACACUGACGAGCUGUGGGAACUCUUUGACAUCGACGACAGCGGCUGUAUUGAUCAGGACGAGUUCGCCAUCGGCAUCAAGCAGUUCCACGGCGUCGCACGCUCCAUCGAUCUCUUUAAGCUGCGCAAGGAGGUGCGAGAGAUCCUAAAGCAGCUCAACAAGAUCAUGGCAGAGGGUCGCAGGGCCUUGGUCACAGGUUGGUCGCAGGGACCGCAUUCAGAGCACCUUUUGGUCGGAUCUGACGCCAUGAGUGCGGCCUACUUGGCCCAGCUGGGCAUCCCUUUCGGAGGAACUCCGGUGGUCUUGCGCCCACCCGAGGAAAGCCUUCAGGAGGCCUCCAAAGUCUCCAAGUCUGCGAGUGCAACCAGCCAGGCAAAAGCUGCGGCUGCACCCACAUCUCCGAGUGGAAAGGAAGGGCCUCCUGAUGGACGAAACUUCUUGGAGAAAUGGAUAGAGGCGGACUUGGCGCCUCAGGGCAGGUGCCAUAAGCAGAAGGUCCUCACGCGCUUCCCCCCUGAGCCCAACGGUUAUUUGCACAUCGGUCAUGCUAAGUCCAUCAUGAUCAAUUUCGGCCUGGCACACAAGUACGGCGGAGAAUGCAACUUGCGUUUCGAUGACACGAACCCCGACACGGAGGAGACCGAGUAUGUUGAAGCGAUUCAGGAGGAUGUGGCUUGGGUGUGUCAGGCCUUGGAAAUGGAAAAGGUCAAGAAGGGCGGUAAACCUUGGAAGAACGAGCCAGUCUAUGCCAGCGACUACUUCCAACAGAUGUACGACUUUGCCAUUGAUCUCAUCAAGCAUGGAAAAGCCUAUGUGGAUUCACAGACACCGGAAGAGGUCCAGAAGAACCGCGGGGGCGGGGCCAACAACUUGCCUGGGGUGGACUCGGCUUACCGGAACCGAAGCGUGGAGGAGAACUUAAAGCUCUUCCGAGAGAUGCAAGAGGGCAAGCACGCAGAGGGAAGUAUGCUCUUACGAGCGAAGAUCGACAUGAAGCACCCCAACAUGAACAUGAGGGAUCCGCCCAUGUAUCGCAUCCGCUUCAGUCAUCACCACCGCAGUGGAGAUCAAUGGAAGGUCUAUCCCAUCUACGACUUUGCGCAUGGCAACGAAGAUGCCAUCGAAGGGGUGACGCACUCCAUUUGUACAUUGGAGUUCGAGAAUCACCGAGCGUUAUAUGAUUGGUUCCUGGACAACUGCACGAUCGUACCCAGCAGGCCUUACCAGAAGGAAUUUGCACGACUGGAGGUGCAGGGUGCUGUGACCUCGAAGAGAAAAUUGCUUCGCUUGGUCAAGGAGGGACACGUCACCGGCUGGGAUGACCCGCGGCUGCUGACCAUCCGGGGCAUCCGCCGGCGCGGUGUGCGGCCGCAGGGGAUCAAACGCAUGGCAGACGGCGUGGGUGUCUCAGACCGAAACAGCACGACUCCUUUCGAGUUUGUGGAGGAAUGCUGGCGAGAAGACUUGGAACCCAUCAGCAAGCGACGGCUCGCCGUUUUGGAUCCUUUGGAGGUCGAGAUCAUUGACUACGAGAAGGAGGAACUCAUUGAGGGCAUCACAGAUUUGCCUGAGCAAUCUGCCAGCAGCCAGCCGAGCUGCGCACGCACCUUGAGCUUUUCCAAGAAGAUCUUCAUCGAGCAAAGUGAUUACCAGGAGAAUCCGCCUGAGGGUUACUUCCGCUUGGGAGCAAUUGGAAGUGAAGUCAAGCUCAGACAUUCCUACGUCAUCAAGUUGGUGGAGGUGGUUAAAGACUCCAGUGGACGCGUGGUGAAGCUGAAAUGCAGUCACGACAGUAGCACUCGCGAUGUGAUGCCGGCAGAUCGGAAGCCCAAGGUCAUCCAUUGGGUGAAUGCCAAGGAUUGCUUGGACGCAGAGGUCAGGCUGAUCAACCCCCUCUUCCUGCCCAUGCCGGACCCGGUGCCCGAGGGCAAAGACUUCUUGUCUUACAUCAACCCGGAGGCGAUGGUGCGCUGCAAGGCCAAGGUGGAGAAGGCUUUAAGCAACUGCGUCCUGGAGGAUCGCUUCCAAUUCGAGCGCCUGGGAUACUUUGCCCCUGACUAUGAUUGCUUCACGGAGCCCAAGAAGCUUUCCUUCAAUCGUGUGGUGCCCCUGAAGGAGUCCGCCGAUAAGAAGAAGAUUGAAGGAAAAGGCACCGCCAGUCGGAAGGAGGAGCAGCAGAAGCAGAUGGCAGAGAAGGAACGGCUCAUGAAGAUCCCUCCACAGGAGUUCUUCAAGUCCGAGAGAGGCGAUGAGUUCUCCGCCUACGACGCUGAGGGAGUGCCGACCCACGACAAGGAGGGCAAUCCAUUGCCGAAGAGCUCCAUCAAGAAGUUGGCCAAGGACUUGGAGAAGCAGAAGAAGCUGCAUGAAUCUUGGAAAGCUUCCAAGUGAGCCUUGGCCUCGAACUCGUCGCUGUCGGACAUGGCGCCCGAACUCCUAUCGGGGCGUCAAUGGAGUUCUUCCGCCGACGCACGCUCCGUGGAGUUCAGCGAUUUCCGUCCGACGGGUGUACAGUGAUGCGGAAAAGAGCCAAAAAGGUCCGAACCUGAGAGCCUGGGAGGGGAAACUGAGAGGCAUUUGGACUCAUUUCGUUUGUUUGAGGCCCUGGCUCAGGGUCCCCAGUUUGGUGUGGUGAAUGGACACCUUAACCUUUAAGAGGCUAUAAAUAGACACCCCUUAGGGCCCUGGUAGGAGCUUCUUUCAGUGUCUG